AAGGGGACGGGCCUCGGAGUCGCGCAGGCGCAGUUGUGUCCCGGAUUGCCAAGAUGUCGUUCCCCAAGUACGAGCCGUCGCGCCUGGCUACCCUACCCUCUACCCUCGACCCAGCCGAAUACAACGUAUCUCCCGAAGCCCGGAAGGCGCAAGCCGAGCGGUUGGCCAUAAGAUCCCGGCUUAAACGGGAGUAUCUGCUUCAGUACAACGACCCCAGCCGCCAAGGGCUCAUCGAAGAUCCUGCCUUGAUUCGUUGGACCUAUGCAAGAUCAGCAAACAUCUAUCCCAAUUUCAGACCCACUCCCAAGACCUCGCUCUUAGGAGCUCUGUUUGGAAUUGGGCCCCUCUUCUUCUGGUUUUAUGUUUUCAAAACUGACAGAGAUAGGAAAGAAAAACUUAUCCGGGAAGGAAAAUUGGAUCGAACAUUGAACAUUUCAUAUUAAGUCUGGCACCAAGAAGCAACAGUGACUCCCCUGGGCUCCAGAUCUCUAUAUUAUUGUUUAAAUAAAGCUUCUAUUAAUCAUUAAA